ACCUCUAAAAUUGAAAUGACCAUUGUACCCUUACCCUUUUUCUUCGUCGAAUUUCACUGCUUCGAUGAUGAACAAUAUAUGUAGUCACACUAGAUUCUCUCUAAAGUCUUCGUACCAAUCUUCCAAUUUUCCCUCUUGCUAGGAGCGAAUUUGUCGUUUCUGAGGAGGAAUUCGAGAUGGGUUCGCUUCGAAACCACUGAGAAAUCAUCCUUUAUCCCAGGAAAUGGGCGAAGAAUCAGAGAAAUCGAAGCCCAGUAUCGGUAAAGCAAUCCAAUCGAUUUCUUCAUUGAUCUCUCUCUCUUACUCAAUAAAAUCCUUCUCCGUCAAAUGGCUGCUGAUCCGGAGCAAGCUCGAGGAGCUAUAUUCUGGGCUCACCGCCGUCGAGAAUCUCGAUUCGAGCUUCGACCCGUCUCUCUCGAGCUUGGUUACUGCCAUUUUGGGUUCUCUCGAGGAGUGCCACGAUCUCGCGUCACGGUGUUUGAACGUUUCUUACAGUGGGAAGCUCCUGAUGCAGAGCGAUUUGGAUGUCAUGUCGGGGAAAUUCGACCGGCAUGCGAAGAAUCUCGUUCGGAUUUACUCUGCUGGGAUUCUGAGUCACGGGUUCGCAAUCGUUGUAUCCAAGCCCGGUGCUAGUGCUUGCAAGGACGACAUGAGGUUUUACAUCAGGGAUUUGCUUACGAGGAUGAAAGUUGGGGAUUUGGAGAUGAAGAAGCAAGCUUUGAUCAAAUUGAAUGAAGCCAUGGAAGAGGAUGACAGGUAUGCGAAGAUAGUGAUCGAGAUUAGCGAUAUGGUGAGUAUUCUUGUCGUGUUUAUGGAUUCUGAGAUGGGGAUUCAAGAAGAAGCUGCGAAAUCUGUGUCGUUUAUUUCUGGGUUUGGUUCGUGCAAAUCUGUGUUGAUUCGAUCAGGCGUGAUUGGUCCUCUGGUGAGAGUCUUGGAGAAUGGAAGUGAAUGUGGCAAAGAAGCGUCUGCAAGGUGUUUGAAGAAAUUAACCGAGAAUUCGGACAAUGCUUGGUCUGUUUCUGCUCACGGUGGUGUCGCUGCAUUGUUAAAGAUAUGUUCUUGUGGCGAAUCCAAAGGCGAAUUGAUUGCCAGUGCGUGUGGUGUGCUGAGAAAUAUUGUAAGUGUCGAAGAAAUCAGGAGAUAUAUGAUCGAAGAAGGCACGGUUUCGACGCUCAUCAAGCUUAUAGGAUCAAAGGGCGAGAUCGUUCAGGUAAAUUCUAUGGAUCUAUUGUUGAGUGUAUGCUCCAAAGAUGAACAAACCCGUGACAACUUGGUUAGAGGAGGAGGAAUCGAGGAACUAGUGCGUGUAUCGGAUCCUAAUUCACCGUCCUCUUCCAAAUCUAAGGAAAUGGCAUUGAGGGUCAUUGAGAAUCUGUGUUUUGGGUCUGUUGGCUGUUUGAAUGCACUCAUCCAUAGCCAUUUCUUGGAUCAUUUACUCUACCUGUUGAGAAAUGGGGAGACAUCUGUUCAAGAAUCCGCCUUAAAGGUCACAUUCAGGUUCUGUAAUUCACAAGAGGAGGUUAGAAGGAUAUUGGGGGAGGUGGGUUUCAUGCCCGAGCUUGUGAGAUUUCUCGGUGCAAAAUCGUUGGACGUUCGGGAAGUGGCGAGUGAGGCACUGUACUGCUUGAUUUCAGUCCCGAAGAACAGGAGGAAGUUCUCGCAGGAUGAUCGGAACAUCAGUUACAUACUGCAGUUGCUCGAUCACGAAGAAACAGGAAACGAGAGCAGCGAUUCGGGUAACACAAGGUUGUUGAUUUCGAUAUUGACGUCCUUGACAAGCUGCAAUAGUGCAAGAAGGAAGAUUGCAUCUUCAGGGUACUUGAAAAGCAUAGAGAAACUGGCUGAAACAGAGGGUUCGGAUGCUAAGAAACUUGUCAAGAAGCUCUCCAAGAACAGAUUCCGCCGCAUCUUGAGUGAUAUUUGGCAUUCCUAAAGGUCUCUCCUUUUUUUAGUUUUUGGGUUUCUUUUUGUGAAUUUGUGAGUGUGUAUAUCUUUGCAAAGGUGUUUAUGGUUAGUUUUCUUUGUAUCCAAAUUCUAAUCCCAUGUGACCUCCAAAUUUCCACUUAAGAAUAUAGCUUUAGAACAUCCUUUUUUUUA